AUGCCUGACGAUGGGAAGAGUAGCGGCACGGGCGUGGCGGUGCUAAACUGGUCCGAUCCGAGGUUGCAGGAGGAGCAGGCGAGCAAGGACACUGGGUGUGAACAAGGGGUAGGGACGGGCGACGCCAAGGGUCUGGGCAUCGUGGAGUUCCUGCGGGGCAAGCACAUCCUCGUCACCGGCGCCACCGGGUUCCUCGCUAAAGCCCUGGUGGAGAAGAUUCUGCGCGAGCAGCCCGACGUGGGACGCCUGUACCUCUUCAUCCAACCGCGUGCCGACCAACCCGCGCAACAGCGCCUCCAGCAGCUCGUGGCGAGUCCAAUAUUCGGGCAUCUGCGGUCAAAGCACGGCAGCGCGUAUGAGCAGUUCAUGGCAGCAAAGCUCGGCGCAGUGGAGGGGGAUAUUUCCAGAGAGGGGCUUGGUCUGAGUCCGUCUGUGUUGGAGGAGAUACGCAGCAAAGUGCAGGUGGUGAUCAACUCCGCUGCCACCACCACCUUCGAUGAGAGGUACGACGUGGCCCUGAACAUCAACACGCAGGGACCGCGCCGCCUUCUGGAGCUCGCCCAUUCCUGCCCACACCUCCAGCUCCUCCUGCACGUCUCCACAGCAUUUGUGAACGGCAGAAGACACGGUCGCUGCAUGGAAAGGCCCUUCAACUAUGGGGACACGAUUGCCGCAGAGCUGCAGCAGCAGCACAGCACGGUUGCACAGGGGCAGCUGGAUGUCGAGACAGAAAUAGCUCUAGCGGAGAAGGAGAGGCUAGCAGCAGAGGCAGCAGCUGAAGCGCGGGGAAUGAGCAAGGAGGAUGUGCAGGCUGCAGUGCAGAAGCACAUGGUGGACCUGGGCAUGAGCAGGGCACAGCAGUGCGGGUGGCAGGACACGUACGUGUUCACCAAGGCCAUGGGCGAGAUGGUGCUCACGCGCGGACGCAAAGACUUGCCCCUCGCCAUCGUGCGCCCAUCCAUAGUGGAGAGCUGCUUGAAUGAGCCCAUGGCGGGCUGGAUGGAGGGCAUGCGUAUGGCGGAUCCAAUCUUGCUUGCAUACGGGAAAGGACAAAUGGCAGGGUUUUUGGCAAACCCGGAUGGUGUUCUUGACAUGGUUCCAUGUGACAAGGUUAUAAAUGCCGUGCUAGCGAUCGCAACGCACACAGCAUCUCUGGGGUAUAGGACGCCUGUCUGUGUGUACCACGUGGCCACCAGUGUUGUCAACCCUCUGGGCAUCCAGCUCGUGGCAGACGCCACCUCGGACCACUUUGCCCACUCGCCCAUGCUGCAGCGCGAUGGCUCUGCUGUCACGGUGCAGCGCAUGCAGGUGUUCCGCCACCCGCAGCUCUUCAUGCUCGACGUCUGGCUCAAGUACCAGCUGCCGCUGCAGCUGGCCAAACUCUUCCCUUGGAACUCAUCCCUUUCGGAUCGCCGCAACAACCUUCUCCUGAAGACAGCACAGCAACUGAGCUACUUGGCCAAGUUAUAUGAACCCUACACCUUCUAUGCUGCCAGGUUUGAUGCAUCCAACACAGAGCACCUCUUUUCAUUGAUGUCUGAGGAGGAGCAGCAGCACUUUAACUUUGACCUGCGGUCCAUAGACUGGCACGCUUAUCUCUGUAAUACCCAUCUACCAGGCUUGCGCAAGUUUGUUCUCAAGGGACGCGGUUCAUCCAAUCUUUCCUGA